AUGUCACAGUCACAUUCGCAUUUUCUUGACAACAAUGCUAUUACGAAACAGAGCUUAAGGGCUUGGUGGAAGCACUUUACAGCAAAAACUGCAAAGAAGGGGCCUGAUGAUAAAGGGAAAGGAACGUAUGUGUUCGAUCUACAGACUGAGAACCCUCCGACUUCGAAUGGCGACCGUAUGGCUCAUAGCCAGAAUGGAGCUAUUUUAAGGGCUUCGAGGUGUUCAUUUCUGGAUUUGUGGAAUUGUAGACCACAGUCGAUAUUCGGAACAGAUCUGAUGAGUGCCAUAGAAUACGCAAGCGUUCCAAUAUGUAUGGCUGGUGCUGAUGGGCGACAAUAUGUUUAUGGGUAUAUCCCUACUAUAGUUGCUAAAUGCGGGAUGUAUUUAAAGGAGAAAGCUACACCAACCGAAGGUAUAUUUAGACUUAGCGGAUCUGCGAAGAGAAUAAAAGAAUUGCAGGCAAUCUUUGAUUCGCCUCCCUCCUAUGGCAAGACAUUGACCUGGUUGGGAUAUUCGGUCCACGAUGCCGCUAAUGUUUUAAGAAGAUAUUUGAACAACCUACCUGACCCAGUAAUACCACACCAAUGGUACGAACCGUUUAGACGCGUUUUAGUUAAUUAUCCAGACGCACACAGAAGAGUGCUGGCAUAUCAGAAACUGAUUGCAAAAAUUCCGAAAGAGAAUCAGAACCUAUUGCUCUAUAUUCUUGAUCUUCUUGCAGUAUUUUCAUCAAAGGCGGAUCAAAAUCUGAUGCCAUCGAAGAACCUGGCUUCCAUAUUCCAACCGGGUAUUCUUUCUCACCCCGACCAUGACAUGGCUCCUGAGCAGUACAAACUAUCGCAAGAAGUCGUAGAAUUUUUGAUAGAUUAUCAAAGUUAUUUCUUGAUAAACGUUCCAUUUACCAACAGCAACACAUCCGCUCCGCAAGCACAACCUUCUGCUUCAGCAAUAGCAUCAACAUCAAGCGAAGUGCCACCGCCGCCGCCACCAAGACCAGUUAAUUAUGAGGGUAACACUCAAUCAUUAAUAGAACCCCCCGAUUUAAAUAAUCCACGACCUCCACCUACUCUGUUAACUCGUCGCCCAUCCCUCAAUGGGGUUCGAAGUACGACUGGUGACUCUAUAUUGGAAAGUCUUCAUGAUUCACCAAGUCGUUCAAAGUCUCUCGGAAGAAGUCAUACAUUACCUAGUAACAUUAAAAAACUUCGAAGAGCGAGACGAGAUGAAGACUCAAAUGCGAAUGAUGAAAUUGCAAGCGAUUUGAAGCGAAAAGUUAGGAAAGUAAAACAAAUAGAUCCAACGAAAGUAAAGCCAUCGACGCAGGAACGGUCAUCAUUAAGUAGUCCACCAAACA